AUGAAGAGAACAAAUUUUUUACAACCACAGAGUACUUUGGAUUCAUUUUUUGUGACGUUGAAGAGAAAAAAGUCUGUUGAAGCAUCUACAACUAAUUUUACUGUCACUACUGAAGUUGGUGGAACAACUAAACUUCCACUUCCAACCACAUCAGCAGAAGCGUCAACAAGUAAUAGUAUUUCUACUGAACAUGUUGAACAUGAGAUAACAGAAACAAGUAAUAAUAUGGACAGCAACAGCCGGAAUAUGAAUGUCAAUUCAGUAGUCAUAGCUCAUGAUAGUCUUUUUUCUGAAAAUGAACAGAUUUCAACUGAGACUGGAACAGCUGAAAUUGCUAAGGCAUUUUCUAGUAAGAUUUUAAAUGCUGAGUUUAUCAAUGAUAUUGGAAAAUUUGUUGGAACAUUUAUGGAUGAUUUGACAAAAAAAAAAAAUUGCAUUAAAGACCUGUUAAAUGUUUUACAAAAAAAGAGAGAAAACUGCGAAGAAAUGUUUUUGAAAAUUUUUAGAGCAGCGGAAAAAAUAACAAUUGAAAAAGAUGGCACUUUUACCUACAAAAGAUUUGUGCAUCGACAGACAUGCCGUGAAAAUGUACCUUCUGAUUCAUUGGAAGAAUAUUACAGGCGAUCAGUUUACAUCCCUCUUCUUGAUGCACUGAUAUUGGAUAUAAAUACUCGUUUUUCUAAAGAAAAUUUGCAGUGUCUCCAAAUCUAUUCUUUGAUGCCAGAAAAUAUUAUUAAACUAAAUCAUAAAGAUGUUGUCGAAUCUGUUUCAGCAAUCAGUAAUUUCUAUGGUACCAUUCUUGGACUUAGUACCCAACUUGAAUUUAUAUCGGAAGUUGAAUUGUUGCAGAGCAAAUGCUUUAGAAUGAACAAGGAAGGAGGAGGAGUCAAAUCACUGACUACUGAUCUUUCUGUUGUUUUUCAUUUGUGUGACCCCGUACAAUAUCCAAUCACUCAGAAGUUGUUCCGUAUUAUUAAAGCAUGUCUAGUUAGUGUUGCCAGUGCUGAACGUAGCUUCUCAACUCUGCGAAGAAUUAAAACAUGGCUAAGAACACGAAUGACAGAAGACAGAUUAGUCGGAUUGGCACUACUUAAUGUACACAGAGACGUUUUAGUAAAUGUUGAAAAUAUAAUUGAGAGUUUUGCGAAGUCAGGAAAUCGUAAAAUAGAAUUUGUUUUAUAA